CGUGUUUGUGCGUUCGUGUUUUAUGCUGCCUCUUUCCGAAUGUAUAAAAAAUAUAUUUAGCAUUUUUUAAAUAAAAGAAGAAGGAAAAAGGAAAAUGAUCUAGUUGGUACAGCAGCCAAGAGUGUCAGAAAGAUAUAUAGAGUCAAUCAGAGAUCCAUCCACAUGAAAAGGAGCCGAGGGAGGCAGUCGAAUUAACUGGAAACGAACCAACCAGCCAGCAUACAAAGCAAACAAAUACUCUUGCCAAUUUAUCGAAUAAACAAGAAGCCGAGCCAGGAGAGGCCCCAAUUUCUCCGCAAUCAGCGCCCUCCAACGUGAUAUACGUACUAUAUUCGCACCCCUCGAUCCCCACCCGAAUCAUGGAGUUCAUGGAGUUCGGUCAUGUUUGAGCGCUUCCGACUGAGCAACCUGACCAGAACCUUUCGCCUGCGAGGAGGCGGCCCAGAACUGGCGCGCGACAAGAAGAACCCGCAACGGCAGCAAUGCGUCACCGUCCUGUUCCUAGAUGACAUCACGCACACCUUUCGGAUCGAGAAACGUGCGAAAGGCUCUGAGCUCUUGGAUCAAGUCUUUCAAUAUCUCGAGCUAUCCGAAAGGGACUACUUUGGCCUACUUUUUCCACAGAAGCCGGGUGACGUUGUGAGAUGGGUGGAUGCCCAGAAGCAGUUCAAGAAGCAAUGCAGCAGCGUUUCGCUCGACAACGAUGCCGUUCCAUUAUUAGAGUUUAAGGUUAAGUUCUUUGUAAGCGACCCCAGCCGACUGCAGGAGGAGUUUACUCGCUACCAGUUCUAUCUGCAGAUCAAGCGACAAAUCCUGCUGGGAAAGCUGCCAUGCUCCAGCAACACCCAGUGCCUGCUUGCCAGUUACACCGUGCAAUCCGAGUUGGGCGACUUCAAUGCCCCGGAACACCAGCCGGGCUAUUUGAGCGGAAUGCAGUUGCUCAGCGACCAGACGCCCGAGGCUGAACGCAAAGUUGGAGAGCUGCAUAAGCUGCAUCGCGGUCAACUUCCGGCGGACGCGGAGUACAACUACCUGGAGCACGCCAAGCGACUGGAGCUGUACGGGAUCGACUUGCACCGGGCCACCGAUUCCAAUGGCAAGGAGCUGCAGCUGGGCGUCUCGGCGGUGGGACUGCUCGUCUUCCAGCACUCGCUGCGGGUGAACACCUUCUCGUGGAGCAAGAUGGUCAAGGUGUCGUUCAAGCGCAAGGACUUCUUCAUCCAGCUGCGCCGCGAGCCCAGCGAGAACUACGACACGCUUCUGGGCUUCGGUAUGAGCAGCCACAAGCACGCCAAGGCGCUGUGGAAGUCCUGCGUGGAGCACCACAGCUUCUUCCGCCUGAAACGGCCCCACCGCCUCUCGCGCUUCCUCAACAUCAGUCUGGGCAGCAAGUUCUACUACUCGGGUCGCACGGAGCUUCAGGCGGUGCAGGAAUCCAAGCAGCGCGGCCGCAUACACAAGGUCUUUGUGCGGUCUCCCAGCAAGCGGCUCCUGGGAGCUGCCGGCGGAACCUCGGGCUCUUCGGGCGGUACUCCAAUGCUGCAGCACAGCGGCUCCGAGAGUGCCACCUCGCACAAUGGCAAGCCAGCGGCAGGAGGAGGCACCAUUCUGACCAUCACCAAGACGAGCCGGGCCCACGACAACAAGGUCACUUCCAAGGAGGCCGACUCUAUGCCGAGGAAGGCCUGGGAGCAGCAGAGCGACGAGUAUGACAUCCAGCUCGACGUGGGCUUCAUCGAACAGUGCACGCGGCGCUUCGAGUCCGCCUCUCCGUCGCCCAUGCCGCCCGCCUACAGCUCCGGCCAGCACAGUCCGCUCCUGCUGCCCACGACCAUCGCGGACGCAGUGGGUCAGCAGCAGCCGGAGAGUGGCAGCGACCUCAUCACCAUCCGCCUGCAGGCCGACGAGCAGGGACGCUACGGCUUCAACGUGAAGGGCGGCGUGGACCUGAGUCUGCCGGUGCAGGUCUCCAAGGUGGUGCCCCACACGCCCGCCGAUCGCUGCACGCCACGAGUCUGCGAGGGCGACGAGGUGCUCAUGAUCAAUGGCCGGGAUGUGCACGGUCUGCGGCACGAGCAGGUGGUGGCCAUGAUUCGGGACUGCCGCCACCAGGCCAGUGGCGAACUGCUGCUGACUGUGCGGCCCCAGCGCUCGGCACCACUGCUCCUGGAGGAGGAGCCUCUGUAUCAGUACGUGCCAGAAAGCGACGAGAUCGGAUCGCACUCCAAUCUGCUCGACGGCGAUGCCCUCUUUACCCAGAGCCUGCUGCUGCUGAGCGAUGGCCUGGCUUCCGGCGCCCUGCUGGCCCAGUACGAGCUCAUGUACAGGAAGAACCCGGAUCUGGCCAUCACCGAGGCUCGGAAGCCAGCAAAUGCCCCAAAGAACCGAUAUCGAGACAUAUCGCCAUAUGACUGCACUCGUGUUUCCCUGGUGAACUCGCUAACCGGCGACUACAUCAACGCCAACUACGUGAACAUGGAGAUUCCCGGCGGAGCAGUGAACCGGUACAUAGCCACCCAGGGUCCGCUGGCCAGCACCACGACGGACUUUUGGCGCAUGGUGCAGCAGGAGAGCAGCCACCUCCUGGUGAUGCUGACCACGGUGAUGGAGUCGGGUCGCCAGAAGUGCCACCAGUAUUGGCCGGUAACCGGCGAGGAGCUCCAGCUGGCGGAGGGGUUCUCGGUGCGCUGCCUCAGCGAAAAACCGGAUGAGACGGGCAGCUUCGUCUUUCGCGAGUUUGUGCUGAAGGACAAGCACGAGCAGCGGCACAUCCACCACAUGCAGUACCUGGCCUGGCCGGACCAUUGUGUGCCCUCCGAUCCCAAUCUCUUUCUGGAGUUUACGGAGCGGGUGCGCGCCGCCCGCAAUCGCACACUCCUGCAGGAAAUCGAGGAGAGCCUGAAGCAGGUGCGACUGAUGGACGCGGAUGCGGAUGCCGAUGAGAACGGCGGCCUAAUGCGGGAGCGCAAGUGCGCGGCCAGCAAUGGAGCCACUCCGGAGGACGAGACGCCUGUCUCGACAAGCGUGCAUCAGUGCAUCAGUGCCGCCAAUCCACCUGUGAUCGUCCACUGCUCGGCGGGAAUCGGACGCACAGGAGUGCUCAUACUGAUGGACACUGCGCUGGCUUUAAUGGAAGCCCGCGAGCCCGUUUACCCGUUAGACAUUGUGCGCACCAUGCGCGAUCAGCGUGCCUGCAUGGUGCAGAAUGUGAGCCAGUACCGCUUCGUGUGCGAAUGCAUUUGCGCUGCCUACAUGAAGAUCUCACGCAGCAGUGCCGCCAUCAACGACGACGAGGAUUAACCCAGCUACGCAAUCUACAAUCUUCCGCUUUACACGCCCCAAAACGAUUCGAGUUUUUCUUAUUCUAUACGAACCUACGCCCAAAUCUAUCUAACUGUUAGUACCCGUAGACAUAUGAUUAAAACUAAUUGUAUAUCAUUACUAUUACAGACCCCCUACUAUAUUGUAUUAUCAAAUCCGUUCAUAAGUAGCUCUAGAAUACACACACUUACUUAUACAUUAUCUCCAUCAGUCGCCGCAAGUGCUGCAAGGGAAACGAUUCUAAAUUUACAAAGCUACCACGACGGAAUGGUAAACGAAGUGAACCAACUACCUAAUCGAAGUAUACAAAGCGAAGCAAAUGGCAACUUAUUUACACCCAUCCAACGCUACACGAGAACAAUACGCAACCAGCAAACAGAAUACGAUCCUUAUACACUGAUAGACGACAAGAGAAGAUAAAACUGUUAGUAUUUUAGCACCAAAUCAAUUCAUAAAUGUAUUUAUGCUACAAAA